AUGACUCCAGAAAUUGUUCGGCGCGUUAUCGGAAGUCGUCGUAACGGUUGAUCAAGCAUUCAAAAUGGCGACGCAAAAGGAAUAAGUGGGAAUAACCGUAAUGUUCUUGCGCUAUGUGAAAUUUUGUAAGAAAAUGUUGUAAAAACUUGUGUUUUUUACUCAAAAACGUUUGAAGAAAACGUGUCUGAAGAAACGAUUCAAGUAAGUGAUACGAAUACAUUGUCAGGCCUUAAAAAUUUCAAUCGUACAUUUACCAGACUGGAAUCUUUCCUGUGCGCAGGGAAGUUCUUCUCCGCGCAAUUUUGACACUUUCUAUAUAUUUAUCAUUAAAUUUUCGAAAUCUUCCCCGCACAAUUUCCAAACUUUCCAGUCAGGUAUAUUUAGGCAUUUAGCCAGUCACUCAGAUUUAAUAUUUAUCUGGCAGGUUUUCAAGACGCAAAAUUGUGUUGACUACAGCUGUAUCUAGCAUGAAAGAGUCACGAUACUUAUAUGGUUUUGUUUAGUAAGUAUAAACUAUCUUCCGUGGGUAGUGAUGACAGUAGUCAUAGUCUGCGAGGUCUGUAAUUUUAGCCCAGCAUGCACUUUAUGUACGAGUCAAAUCCAACUGCGUUAACCCCUUCGAGCAAUCCUAGGGCAUUUGACUUAACAUUACCUCCAUAUAGGCAGGAAUUUGACGGCCCGGUCGGGCAUUUGACGGCCCCGUCAGGCAUUUGACCACUUGACAACAACAUGCUCAGCGGUUUUCCCUAAAAAUAUGUGUACGCUCUAGUGUUCAGGAGUUUUCUAUUUUACGUCUUUUCGAUAGUUUAAAAAUUGCUUCUGAAUUACAAAUAUCAAUCAUAGAUAUAUGAUACAAUAUGCCUGGUUAAACAAAUAGAAGAACUGUCUGGCCUAUUUUUCGUUCUUUUUAAUCUUGAAAUACUUGUUCAAUUCAAUUUUGGGCAAAAUUCCAGAACCAGGACUACCCCUAUAGCAGGGCAUUUGACUGUGAUUUCUGCCUGUUUGGGUGGGCAUUUGACCAAUUAUUUUUUCAAAAGUCAAAUUCCUGGGAAGGGGGGGGGGGCUUAUCAUGGUUGGAUUUGACUCGUACAUUAUAUUGAAACAGAAAUGAUGAAUGGAGAAUCAGGGCCUGCAUGAAAACCCAGCUUCCAUGAUUAGAGACUCUUUUCCACUCAUCGCAACUCACAAGCUCGCUGUGAGUACUUUCAUCCAAUCAGAAUGCUCGAAAGAUUAUUUUAAUUAGAUGCAAUCACUCGCAGCGUGCUUGCGAGUUGGUUUUGCGAUGAGUGGAAAAGAGCCUUAAGUGGCUGCAAGAGAAACUACCACUAUGGAGGAUGUAAUAGAAAAUGACAAAAUGGUUAAGGCUCAAUACAGUUUUUAAAAAAAUGGAAUGCCAACCUUAUGGAAAUAAAUGUGUGACCUAAACAAGCGAAACGAUGUGGAGCGAGCCAUGUUGCUUAGUGGGGUGCAGGUCCUACUUUGAAGUCCAAAAGGGCUAAAUUCAGGGAACACCGCAGAAAACGUCUGCGUGUGCACAAAAAAAAUGGAAUGGCGAGGAAUUUAAAUGCCAAAUUGUAAACAAAAACAUGGCUAUUUAAUGAUUUUAACAUUUAAAAUCUAAAAAGAAACAGAAUUUAAAUUAAAAAUUACUGUUUAAGGCUGUUUAAGGCUGUUAAAGACCAGGAGGUGUGUGAACAUUGCUUGAAAAAAUUGUUUUUUCAGCGGUAUCAAUUUCCCUUGCGUAAUUACUGCCAUACUGGCUGUCUUAGUGGUAGUAUUCUGGGUCUUAAUUUUCAUCAUACAGUUACAAUUCUUGCACCUGAUUCAUUGCUUGCAAAAAUAAAAAAUGCUUAAUGAGAUCUUUUGUGUCAAGACAGAAUCUUUCCAUUACAGACCUAUAAGUUCAUUGCAUAGACCAAUAAUGGGAAAUACUUGCUUUUUUAAUUUAAAAUCACCUACUAGCGCUGUGAAAAUGCCAGCGAUAGCCGACAGCCGGCUACUAUUUUAAACCCUGACACAUAUGAACGACGAGGAUUGGUUGGUGUGAACAUUGAACAACAUGAAAUGUGUGUAGUUUAUAUAUUUUUUAGUAAUGUUCAUUUUGAGUUUUUUAUUUAUCUGAGAUGAAAAUAAUUGAAAACACUAUUGAAUUAAUCCAGCGUUUCUUUUGAAAAUUUUACCCACUGUCAGGCACCAAAAUCUAAAGAUAGCUAUUGUAUUAAAUAUAUACAGUAUUUUCUUGCAAUUAUGUGAAGAAAAUAAGUUAAAAAACCAUGAUAAGAUGAAACAUAUACUUAAGCAGUGAAGAGCACUCCUUAACGACGUUAUAUACACGAAAUAGCCCAAUUUUUACCCACGUUUUUUCCCCGAUUUAUCUUUUGAGAGCAUCAAGUUUGAGGCAGCACUUUUCUUGCAAUAAUAACAACAUGCAUCAAGACAAAACGGAAGCUAAUUCGUUUUUAGUGCAGAGGUCAUGUGACCUAUGCACUGACUUAAAAUUCAAGUGCAUGAGUGACACCGCUCAAGGGAUAGAUAGAUAGAGUAAACAAUCCGGGGGGCGUGCAAAUGAUGCUGUUUAUAGUAAUUGUUCAUAAACAAUUGGGAUUAUAUUUUUAUUUUCAGUCGAAGCAACAUAUGUUCUGACUUAUUUAUCCAACAUUUAGAGAAGUUAUCAUUUGAGAUUAUCAAAUUAUUGUCUUUAAACCCUUGAUGUUAUAUAAACACCCCUCCCCCACCACGAUAUAAUUCAAAUGAAACAACACAUUCGUGAUCAAUUGACUGAUUGUGCAACAAUCGGAAAUUACCGAUUAUUCAUUCCACAAUCUACACGAUACCGAUGCCGACAACCUCCUUCUCAGCACGAAGGCCCCUGGGGACGAGGUUGCGAUGCCGAUUUUAUAAUGACGUCAUAAUAUCAGUUGACCAAGUAAAGGUGAUCUAUGUCGAUUUUUUAACGAUAAUUUCCAACAUAACAUGUUACUGCAAGCAACAAUCGUUGAAUGGCACGCUUCACGCAUUAAUUUAACAUAUUGCGUUAAAACGUAACGUGUAUUAACAUGCAAUGCAUAUAAUUUUUAAAGUGCGUAUUUUCUCAACAAUCGGUUUUAGACAAUCAGAAAUAUAGAUAAUUCUACUGAUUCCGAUUGUCUACCGAUAAGGCAAAAAUCGGCCUGAUACCGAUUAUUGGUCAAUCACUACAACACAUGUACUGUACUGGCAUGCAAUGGCCCUAUUAGCAGAGCCGUGCUAGUAGAUCGUGUAGAAAAGAACGAUCAAAGACACAGCAUUUUAGCAUUUCUGACAAAGAAACAGGUUGUACACAUACGAAUAACCUCCUGUGUUCACGGACGUUUUGAUAUAAAAUUGAGGGGGAAAAUCCAGAUUAAUUUGAAUCGAGCAAUAGAGAAUCACUUUGCUCUUGUAGUGAAAUAUACCGAGAUUUCAGCUUGAAACAUGCUCGGUUUCUACAUUUGAAGCGAAGGCUUUUCAUCUGGACGUUAGUUCAUUCUUUGUAUUUAUAGUAUAAACUCCGACGUUAUCUAAUUAUUAUUUUAAUCAUUCCAUAUAGGUAGAGUCUGUACGUUUGUAAUUUCCAUACUUGUCAACCGUGUAUUGAUAAGAAUAAUUAAAUAUUCAAAAAAUGUUUAGUAUAGUAUAGUAUUUCAUAUUUCCCCUUCUAUAUAAAAUUUCGCUUACCAAGAUAGCUCGGCUAAGCUCGCCUACCGAACGAAUGUUUAAUUCAUAUUUCUUUUUUUUUAUGCAGUUUUUCAUCUCUCUUGCCGAGUUUAUAAAUGUUCUAUAAUUACCGCUUGCAAAACUUGUACCUAAUUUCACUCAUUCAAGAAACCAAAUAUUUUUAUUGUCUAUCGAAUAUCGGCAUCCGCGGCCUUCGUACAACCGGCCCCCGUCACCUCUCCACUAUCCUUGGAGUCUCUGAAUCGUCAUUCAUAUAUACUUUAACAUUCGGUAAAUUAUUGAAAAACUGUACAAUGUUAGUUGCAGACCUUACCAAAACCCAUUCAAAAAGUAGGAACAUCCAAUGCAUUGACCAAAAUGAAAAAAUGUCGCAUUCGACGUACUACACGCUUAACAAGCCUUAUUUAUCAUAUAGGUUUUAAAGAUGCAAAAGUGUAUCGACUAUCUACCUCAAAAGAGCUUCAAUACAUACGGUGUUGCUCUUCUCACGUUAUUUGGGUUGUUUGCUGUCGUAGUUAUAAGCAUCUCGGGUUCUUUAGCCUUCGACACAUCAUUUCAUUGUUAUGACAAGACCAUUUCAAAGACGAAGGAGGCAUCUCUAAUAGAGAACAUCAACAUAAAAUGUUCCCUCGAGUAUCAAGAGAAAUUCCUCUUUAUCCUACCUAUGUAUGCUAUGUUUAUCUUAAACUUUAGCAUCGUCUUUGCUUUGAGUAUUAUCUAUGCAUACUUGGUGAAACAUCGUGUUGAGAAAUUUGAUUAUCCGACCAGAACGACAACUUCCAAUAAUGACGGCGAUGAAAAUCAAGAGAUGCUGCCUUCACCAAAUCCCGGCCAGAACCCGCGUGAUGUUCGUGAAUGUUUGGGUCGUUUUUCAACAUUUUCCAUCUAUGUCGUUCAUUUGCUAGUCGCUCGUAUAAUUCCAUUGUUGGUAUUUACUAUAUGGAUAUUUUACCCAGCUCAUUUUCCUAAGAAUUUCGCCUGUCCAUUGAGUCCUGAAAUGCAAAGAAAAGGAACAUCCAAUUUUAAUGUUACCCUCAAUUCACGAAAUAAUUUAACGAUUAUUGACUGUACAAAUCCCAUCGGCGGAAAAAGUAAAACCUUGGUCUAUAUCGUUGCAACAGUGGAUGUUUGUCUUGUGACAUUGUCCUUUUUGGAACUUGGCUACAUGGCGUGGUUGGCCUUCAACGACAGGGAUUUUAUGAAUGACGAAGAAUUUUGUACUGUGUACUUGUUGAGAAAGCGAAAAAGAAUUAGAAAAGAGGUGAACAAAGUUCGAGAGAGAUUCAAUCCUGAUGAUCAAGAGGUAUUUCGAUUAAAGGAUAAUUUUGGUGGUCCUGAAAUUUCCAUGCGACCUCUUGAAGAUAUAUAUGUCAAUGUCGUCAUUCAAGAAGGGAGAGAACACAUGACCGCUUACCCGAGGAAAUUUAAAAGGCACGAAAUUUACCAAUGCCAUCUCAGAACGCCAAGGACAGUUACUAAGCUUACGAGCACAGCUGAUAUAUUUAAACCAACAAAGGACGGGGAGAAGCAGGCGUAUCCGCGAGCUAUCCUUGUUAUAGGGCGACCAGGAAUUGGUAAGACCAUGUUAACAAGGAAGCUUUUACAUCAGUGGAAAGAAAAAGAAGACGAGUUCUGGCAUGAGAAAAUUGUAAUCUUGCUUCAAUUUCGUACAUUCUACAAUAAUAACGACGUCACUCUUCGAGAAAUGUUGGCCUAUGGUGAAGGAUUGUCACCAGACGACUUUGAAACUGUAUAUAAAGCGGCAUUGUCAAAUCCAACCAAAACCGUGCUGAUUUUUGAUGGAUUAGAUGAGCUUAAUGUAGACAGCAAGCUUUUGAGUGAAAAGACAACGGCAAUUAAUGACCUGAAUAAGAAAAUGCCAGUGUUUUUAAUUUUUAAGAUGUUGUUGUAUGGUAAAUUACUACGAGGUGUCACAAUAUUGACCACGUCACGGCCCACGGCACAGCAUGUUUUCCGUGACCUAAACUUUGAAAGAACAGUUGAGGUCUUGGGUUUUUUCGAGGAUCAAAUUAAGGAGUAUGUUUUUAAAUUUUGUGACAAUGAAAGUACCAGUAAUUGGAUUUGGAAUCAAAUUCAAGGAUCAGCCGAAAUGCGCAGCUUGUGUUAUAUACCUGUCAAUAGUUAUAUUGUUUGUUUAACUUUAAAGGAAAGCAAUGAAAAUGAUGAAAGUUGGUCACAACUUCACGAGGGUUUAAACAGGAAUAUUAUAGGAACUAUAACUGAACUGUACAAAAGAGCAGUAAAAGUCUUGCUAUAUCGACACCAUCCAGAAUACAAAUUAAAACCAAGGCCGAGUGAUUACCUCAUCAUCCCUUUUCCCAAAGAACUAGAGAAUGAAUUGAUGGAGCUGAAAGAAAUUGCAAUAAGUGGAAUUAGCCAAGACAAAUUAAUUUUUGAGAAAUCCACGGCUGAUGGAUUCCGAGCCCUGGCCAAUAGUGGCUUCUUCUAUCAAUUACCACACAAAGAACGGAACUUGUUUUGCUUUCUACAUUUAACACUGCAGGAGUUUCUUGCGGCAUCAAAAGUGGUUGAUGAUAUGGACAAAGUUGUGCAAUUUUUGGAUGAACAUGUUAAAGAUCCCAAGUGGCAUUUGGCGAUACAGUUUGUAGCUGGUUUAGUUGGAGAUAAAAUUAGAGAAGAUCCAAAAGAAUAUAAGAGGCAAAAGGUCCUUGCUGAUAUUCAGAAAAGGUAUUAUAUUUUCCGUAUAGUAUACCGUAUAUCACUACAAAUCUGUACGAACCAAAGUCAGAUUUGAGAUUUUUAGUCUAGGCAGACUUGUUCUAGACUGAGGCGAAGCUAAAAACCGGGACCAAAAAGGAGGUGUCGUAAUAUUCGAUCCAAUCCUUGUUUGUGGAUUUGAGAUGAUAUUUAUUACAUACUCCUAAUUUAUAAGUCAUUUUUGCCUAACAAUCUUAUCUUGAACAGUAAAAUUGUCUGA